AUGCAUGGGAUGUUUCAGGACUCAGUGGCCUUUGAGGAUGUGACUGUGAACUUCACCCUGGAGGAGUGGGCUCUUCUGAAUCCAUCCCAGAAGAAACUCUACAGAGAUGUGAUGCAGGAAACCCUCAGGAACCUGGCCUCAAUAGGAGAAAAAUGGGAAGACCGUAAUAGUAAAAGUCUGUAUGAACAUCAGCAGACAGAUCUAAGAAGCCAUUAAUAACAUGCUUCUCAUUUUUACAGCAGGCCUGUGGUAGAGAGUCCCUGUAAAAAUAAAGAAGGUAGUCCGUGUGGAGAAUCCUUCAGCCGGAAUCCAAAUCAUAAGCAGAUAAAGAAAACUCCUACUGGAAUAAAAUUGCGUAAAUGCAGUUUUUGUGGACAAGUGUUCAGGCAUCAUUCAUCCUUUAGCAGGCAUAUGAUCUCUCACACUGGCCACAAACUAUAUGAGUAUCAGGAAUAUGAAGAGAAGCCUUAUAAAUGUAAGGAAUGUGGGAAGGCCUUCAAGCAUCGCCAAUCCAUUCGAGUACACGUAAGGACUCACACUGGAGAGAAACCGUACAAGUGCAAGCACUGUGGGAAGGCCUUCAAGCAUUGCCAAUCCAUUCGAAAGCACGAGAGGAUUCACACUGGAGAGAAACCCUACGAAUGCAAACAAUGUGGAGAAACAUUCAGAUAUCGCCACAACUUUCAAAAACAUGAGCGAACUCACACUGGAGAGCAGCCCUAUAGAUGUAAGCACUGUGGCAAAGCCCUCAGUUGUCUCAGUUACUGUCGAAUUCAUGAAAGAACUCACACUGGAGAGAAACCGUAUGAAUGUAAGCAAUGUGGGAAGGCCUUCAGUUAUGCCAGUUACAUUCGAAUCCACGAGAGAACUCACACUGGGGAAAAGCCCUAUGAAUGCAAGAAGUGUGGGAAAUCCUUCAGUUGUCCGAAUUAUUUUCGAAAACACGAAAAGACUCACACUGGAGAGAAACCCUACGAAUGUAAGCAGUGUGGCAAAGGCUUCAGUUGUCCUAGAUCCUUUCGAAGUCAUGAAAAGAGACACAGGGGUGAGAAGCCCUAUGAAUGUAAAAUUUGUGGUAAAACCUACAGUUGUCCCAUCUACUUUCGAAAUCACGAAAGGAGACACAGUGGGGAAAAAUCCUAUGAAUGUAAAAUAUGCGGCAAGUCCUUCAGUUGUCCAAAGUAUUUUCGAAAACACGAAAGAAGUCACACCGGAGAUGAACCCUGCGAAUGUGGACCUUAUAAGUGUAAGGAGUGUGGGAAAGUCUUCGAUUGUCCCAAUAACUUUCGGUGUCAUGAAAAGAUACACAGUGGAGAAAAGCCAUAUGAAUGUAAGGAAUGUGGCAAAGCUUUCAGUUCGUCCAUGUCCCUUCAAAACCACGAAAGAAGUCACAGUAGGAAAAAACCUCAUGAAUGUAAGGAAUGUGGUAAAGCCUUCAGUUUUCCCUGUUCCCUUCAAAAACAUGAAAGAAGUCACACUGGGGAGAAACCAUAUGAAUGUAAGCAGUGUGGGAAAGCCUUCACUUAUCUCAGUUCUAUGCAAAAGCAUGAACGAACUCAUAGCGGAGAGAAACCCUAUGAAUGUAAGCAGUGUGGGAAAGCCUUCAUUUAUCUCAGUUCUAUGCAAAAACAUGAAAGAACUCAUAGCGGAGAGAAACCCUAUGAAUGUGAGCAGUGUGGGAAAGCCUUCAUUACUCUCUCAAAUGUUCAGAGGCACAUGAUCAAGCACACUGGAGAUGGACCUUGUAAGUGUAAGGAGUGUGGGAAAGCCUUCGAUUGUCCUAGUUCAUUGCGAACCCACGAACGUACUCACACUGGGGAGAAACCCUAUCAGUGUAAACAUUGUAGUAAAGCCUUCACUCGUUCUAGUUCUUUACGAAACCAUGAAAGAACUCACAAUGGAGAGUAGCCAUGUGAAUGUAAAGAAUAUGGAAAAUUCUUCAGUUGUUCUAGUUCUUUCUGAAUACAUGAAGUAACUCACACUGGAGAGAAACCUUAUCAACACAAACAAUAUGGUAAAGUCGUUACUCCCUGUGAUGUUCAUAUACAUGGAAUUCAUACCAGAGACAAACUCAUUGUAGGGAAAGUCGUGCAAACUUUCAUUGGGGACACAAGAGAGUGCACAUGGGGAGAAACCAUAUAA